AUGACUGCUACUAGCAUUGUGUCGUCUUUAGUUCCUGUUGCCAUUUUGAGAAUCUUCAUACAUAAUAAAACAACUCCUAUUGUAAAAGCCAAUAAUUAUUCCAUUUGUUGUCUUCUUCUGGUGUCGUUGUCCCUCUGUUUCCUCUGCACUUUGGCUUUUAUUGGAUACCCUGAACCUAAGAAAUGUCUUCUUCGUCAGCCUGCUUUUGGUAUGAUCUUUGCAUUCUGCAUCUCUUGUAUAUUAGCCAAAACUCUUAUGGUGGUAUUUGCCUUUCUGUCCACCAAACCAGCCAGUUCUCUGAAAAUACUGACAAACCCUUGGGUGUCCUACAUCAUAAUUUGCAUCUGCUCCCUUAUACAAGUAAUUCUGUCCAUCACUUGGUUAUCUCUUAAACCUCCCUUUUCAGAACAUAAUACUCAAACCAAACCAGAAAUUAUCAGUGCUGUGUGUAAUAUGGGAUCUCCUACAGCCUUCUGGUCCAUGUUUGGAUAUCUAGGUUUCUUGGCCAUUACAAGUUUUAUUGUUGCGUUUCUUGCCCGAGGACUUCCUGACAGCUUCAAUGAAGCUAAAUGUAUCACUUUCAGCAUGCUAUCUUUCCUUAGUGUUUGGGUGUGUUUUAUCCCUGCCUCACUCAGUGCGAGCGGGAAGUACAUUCAAUUGAUGGAAGUGUUUGCUAUUCUGGCGUCAAGUUGGGCAUUGGUUAUCUGUAUGUUUGUUCCUAAAUGUUUUAUUAUACUCUUCAGACCUAACAUUAACUCCAUGGGUCAUCUCAUGUGGAAAAAGAGAAUUUUACAUAGAUAG